UGAAGGUCCUCUGCCAUCUCCUACACAGCCGAUGUUUGCAGUAAAUCCUCCACUGUGCUGCUGUUGCUGCCUGUAAGAGCCUCAUACAGGGAGGAGAGGGCAGGGGCAGUCUAUAAUAUGGAAUCUUUGCAGGAAAGUUCUGGAGGAACAAUGAGUGGACUAGAAACCCCCAUAUCAGAGAAUGGCAUGCUGGGUAUGGUGGGAGAAGAAGCAGGAAGAGACCUACAGCAGGAGAACAUGCAGUGCAGACUAUUCAGAGCUGUAACAUCUCUGGAGACCCCGGAACAUGAGGAGCAGUGACCGACCAAGGAUGGAGGAGGACAGAGACCACAUGUCUGGGAGGAUAUUAGACCUCACCCUAGAGAUGAUCUACUGGAUCACUGGAGAGGAUUACACAGUAGUGAAGAAGUCGUCUGGUGAGUGUGUGACACCCCGUGUGUCAGGAGGCUGGAGGAGGAGCCAGAGCCCCGCCCCCGAGGAGCCUCCACUUCAUUCACUGAUACAUGAGCAGAAGAUCCUAGAACUUACCUCCAGGAUCACUGAGCUGCUGACUGGAGAGGUGAGCGCUGCUGGGAAUGCUGGGACAUUAUACAAUAACACCAAGGUAUGAAGUGUCUGGAGGAGAAUUGUAUCAUUGUCUGUGUCAGGUUCCUAUAAGGUGUCAGGAUGUCACUGUCUAUUUCUCCAUGGAGGAGUGGGAGUAUUUAUUAGGACACAAGGAUCUGUACAAGGAUCAGGUCAUGAUGGAGGAUCACCAGUCCCUCACAUCACCAGGUAAGAGGAGAGAGCAGGUUUGUGGAUCUCCUAGAUUCCCCCAUCAUCUGAUCAUCACAUAUAACAAUGGAUUCAGUCACUGUGUUUAUUUCCUAUAGAUGGAUCCAGUAGUAUAAAUCCCCCCGAGAGAUGUCCCCGUCCUCUAUAUCCCCAGGAUUGUAAAGAGGAAGAGGAGGAUAUCCCACUGGACCAUCAGGUCCUUAAUGUUGGAUCCGUGCAGGAAAUAUUCUGGAGGAACGAGGAGAGAACUGGAGGAACCCCGAUCAGUGUCAGAGAAUGGUGAAGACAAGAUGAGCGACUCUCCUGAACGUCUCUUCUUAACUUACUGUUCCGAAGCAGAAGAUGAUUCAUCACAAAUUGGCAAAAAAAUAACUGGACAUAAAGUUUUUGCAAAUUCUGAAUGUGGUAAAUAUCUCAAAAAUAAAUCUUAUCGCCUAACACAAGAGAGAAUUUCUGCAGAUGAAAGGCCAAUGUCUUAUGCAGAAUGUGGGAAAUCUUUUUGUCCUAAAUCAAGUCUUGUGGAACAUCAGCAAGUGCACUCAGGAGCGGAGCUAGUGUCAUGUACAGAAUGUAGAAAAUGUUUUCCUACAAAAUGGCAACUUAUUAGUCAUCAGAGAACUCACAAAGGGGAGAAGCCUUUUAUGUGUUCGGAAUGUGGAAACUGUUUUAGUCAUAAAUGUGAUCUGGUUAAACAUCUGAAAACUCACACAGGAGAAAAGCCAUGGUCAUGUUCAGAAUGUGGAAAAUGUUUUAGUACAAAAAGGCAACUUGUUCAUCAGAGAACUCACACAGGAGAGAAGCAUUUUAUGUGUUCAGAAUGUGGGAGAUGUUUUAGUCAGAAAUCAGAUCUAAUGAAACAUCUGAAAACUCACACAGGAGAGAAGCCAUUUUCGUGCCUGGAAUGCGGCAAAUGUUUCACUAGGAAGUCAUGUCCUGUUGAACAUCAGAGAACUCACACAGGAGAGAAGCCUUUUAGGUGUUCGGAAUGUGAAAAAUGUUUUAGUCAUAAAUGUGAUCUGGUUAAACAUCAGAGAGUUCACACAGGAGAAAAGCCAUGGUCAUGUUCAGAAUGUGGAAAAUGUUUUAGUACAAAAAGGCAACUUGUUGUUCAUCAGAGAACUCACACAGGAGAGAAGCCUUUUAUGUGUUCAGAAUGUGGGAGAUGUUUUAGUCAGAAAUCAGAUCUGAUUAAACAUUUGAGAACUCACACAGGAGAGAAGCCAUUUUCAUGCCUGGAAUGUGGCAAAUGUUUUACUAGGAAAUCAUUUCUUGUUGAACAUCAGGGAACUCACACAGGAGAGAAGCCGUGGUUAUGCUCAGAAUGUGGAAAGUCUUUUACAGUAAAAUCAUAUCUGGUUAAACACCAGAGAACUCAUAGAGAAGAAAAGCUAUGGUCAUGUUCAGAAUGUGGAAAAGGUUUUAGAAGAAAAUGGCAACUUGUUUGUCAUCAGAGAGCUCACACAGGAGAGAAGCCUUUUACGUGUUCAGAAUGUGAGAAAUCAUUUACUGUGAAAUCGGAUCUGGUUAAACAUCAGAGAAGCCAUUUUUUCGUGCCUGGAACGUGGCAAAUGCUUUAAUGGGAAAUCACUUCUUGUGGAACAUCAGAGAAUUCGCACAGGGGAGAAAUCAUUGUCAUGUUUAGAAUGUUGAAAACUUUUAGAGUAGAAAAUAGCAACGGAGUUCAGUCAUUACAGAACUUGGAAGGAAAGGAGCCUAUUACUUAUUCAAAAUGUGGGAAAUCUUUUUCCAUCAAAUCAGAGCUGGUUAAACAUCAGAGUGUUCACCCAGGGGAAAAGCCAUUUUCAUGUCAUGAUUAAGCACAAUUGCACACACUUUAUCCUAUUAUUCACCAGAGAACUCCCAUUCAGGAACCAUUUUCAUAUCAAAUGUCUAUGCAAUAGCAAAGAGGAAGUUAUUUCACAAUUAACCCCUUAAUGACGCAGGACGUAAACGUUCAUCCUGGUGCGGUGGCACUUAACGCCCCAGGACAUACAUUUACGUCCUAUACAUUACCGCGAGCAUCGGUAGCAGCCAGGGACCCACUGGUAAUGGCCGACAUCCGCGAUUGCGCGGAUGUCCGCCAUUAACCCCUCAGGUGCCGUGAUGAAUAUUGAUCACUGCAUCUGCAGCGCUGCGGUCACUAAAAUGGAUGAUCGAAUCGCCCACAGUGCUGCCGCGGAGAUCCGAUCAUCCAGAACGGCAGACAGAGGUCCUCUCUCCUGCCUCCGCUGCCUUCCACGGGUCUUCUGCUCUGGUGUGAGAUCGAGCAGACCAGAGCAGAAGAUGACCGAUAAUACUGACCAGUGCUAUGACCUAUACAUAGCACUGAACAGUAUUAGCAAUCAACUGAUUGCUAUAAAUAGUCCCCUAUGGGGACUAUUAAAGUGUAAAAAUAAAAGUAAAAAAAGUUUUAAAAAUCACCUCCCCCAAUAAAAAUGUAAAUUGUCCCAUUUUCUCCAUUUAAUGCCCAAAAAAUUGUAAAAAAAAAAAAAAAUGUAAAAAAAUUGAAUUAGCAUAUUUGGUAUCACCGUUUGCAUAAAUAUCCGAACUAUUAAAAUAUAAUGUUAAUGAUACCGUACGGUGAACAUAAAGUCCAAAAUUGAUGUUUUUUU